CAGACUACAUAACAGAUGACAAUACGGACAUGCUAAUAAGUUCGGAACCACUAAACAACCCUAACCCUACUCUAAACGAACCACUAGCUAUCGCUCUUGACCAAGCAAUAGAUAAGAACCAAAUUGUCGUUCAAAACAUUAUAUCAACUACUAACACUGCUAUUUCUAAUAUUACUAAGAUAGAUGCGACUAUGGAUGGUGUUAAUGAACAAUGGCUACACUCAUCCUAUAAAAAUUUUCUCAACUAUGCUCUACCCAAAUUGCCUUUUAUGUGCCAAGAACCGUUUAAAUAUUUUUGGCAUAAUUUAAUUAAAUACAAACAUAAAUUUGUUGAACUCGACAAAUUAAAGGAAGAAAUUGAAGAACAAAACAUUAAAAAAGCCAGACGUCUAAAAACACCUACAUUUCAAUUUCCAAAAGAUGCUACAAAACUGGACCUUACUGAAUUCGAAAAACAACAAACUCUGCUUUUAAACCUCCAAUACUAUAACAAUCUAUUCGAACAUACAACCAACCUAUAUAACAAACACAUCGAUGAACUAAAAAACUAUUUAAAUGGGAUAGAAAUUCAAAAAAAUGAAAUAAGUAUGUCAAAUGAUUUUCCCUAUGAAGUGUCAAACUAUGCUAACGCCUUUGCUACCGGAGCUGAUACAUUUAAGGAUCUCUAUGCUGAAGGUCGACAACCAACAGGACAUUUUCUCGCGGCCGCUCUCAAUCACGAGGCAAUACAUCUCGCCGCAAUUCCACAACCCGUGGAAGAUCCAA